GUUUCUAAAAGCCCAAGACCGAAUAAGACCAACUUUAAAAUAUCUAAAGAUAAAACGCAGCGUUUAGGAGGCUCUUAAGUCUUAAACCCCCAAUUUUCAGGAAAUUGCAUUUUCUGCUUAAACCCUAUUGUCGUCUCGUCACUGUAUCUUCGUUUCCCUCUUUCUUCGACCAGACAAACACACAGUUAGCAGCAUCAGCAGCAGCCAUGUACAGAUCAAAGGCAGUCAUGGCUUCUCUACGAAUCGCUUACUCUAAGAUCUCGACUCGAUCGUAUCUAAGCCGAGCUCAGGUGGGUUUUUCCUCAAACUCGUCUCCGCCUUUCGAUUCUCUCGCAAUCCCUAGUCGAUUUGCGUGGCAAUUCCGCUCCUUUUCUUCAAAACCAGAGUCUAUGCUUCAAUUAGUACUGGAAAACGAUUGGUCCAGGGAAGUAGAGGAAGGAUUGAAGAAAGCAAAUAUGCCUUUAACCCACGAGACUGCAAUCUACGUUCUUCGGAAAUUAGAUAAGCACCCAGAGAAAGCUUAUUGCUUUUUCGAUUGGGUAUUCAGAGAAUCAGGUCUUAGGCCAAGCUCUCCACUUUACAGCACGAUGCUGAGGAUUCUAGUGCAGCAGAGGUCCAUGAAGCGGUUUUGGAUGACUCUGACGGAUAUGAAACAAGGAGGGUUUUAUAUGGAUGAGGAAACAUAUACGUCCAUCUACAGUUUGCUUAAUAAGGAGGACUCGAAAGCGGACGCUACUGCUUUGUCUCAUUUCCAUGAAAGAAUGGUCAGGGAGAACGCAAUGUCUCUCUUUACGGAUCAUGUUUCUGCUCUUGUUUCGAGAGUGGACUGGAGCUGUGAGGUUGAGAGGGAGUUGCAGGAGAUGAAGCUCGAUUUUUCGGAUAAUUUCGUCAUCAGGGUGAUGAAGGAGCUGAGAGAUCAUCCUUUGAAAGCUUUGGCAUAUUUCCACUGGGUCGGUGGUAGGUUUAAGCACAGUACCGUUACUUAUAACGCAGUCUUGAGGGUAUUGGCAAGGCCUAACUCGGUUUCGGAGUUUUGGAGUGUUGUUGAUGAGAUGAAGGACGCAGGGCACGAGGUGGAUCUCGACACUUACAUAAAGGUUUCAAGACAGUUUCAGAAAUCUAGAAUGAUGGUCGAGGCGGUGAAGCUUUACGAGUUUAUGAUGGAUGGUCAGUAUAAGCCAUCUGUUCAAGAUUGUAGUCUUCUGUUGAGGUCCUUAUCUGCUGGUCCUAGCCCGGAUUUGGAUUUGGUGUUUCGGGUUUCGAGGAAAUAUGAAUCGACUGGGAAGUCUCUCUCAAAGGCUGUUUAUGAUGGGAUCCACAGGUCUUUAACCAGUGUAGGGAGGUUUGACGAAGCCGAGGAGAUCGUGAAGGCUAUGAGAGAUUCGGGUUAUGAGCCGGAUAACAUCACAUACAGCCAACUGGUGUUUGGUCUUUGCAAAGCCAAGAGAUUAGAAGAAGCGCGUGGUGUCCUAGAUCAAAUGGAAGCGCAGGGAUGCAUCCCCGAUAUAAAAACUUGGACCAUUCUGAUCCGAGGGCACUGCAAAAACGAUGGGUUUCUUGUCCAAAACAGAAUCGAGGGGGCGUGCAAGUUCCUCACGGAGAUGGUGAGAAACGCCAAUGUGAAGCCGUGGCAAAGCACUUACAAGGGUCUUUCUACCGAGAAGGAAGACUCUCUGAUGCGAAAGAUCUUGUCUUCGUAUGUCCCCAUCACUUUAAAACGCACCCUAAAAUCACUGAACUCUUCGGCGCAGCUUGAGGCAAAUCCUCGAAUUGUUAACACUCUGUUCUCGUAUUAUGUUCAUUGCUCUCUUCUACCGGUUGCACUCGCCGCA